AUGGUCGACCUUGCCCCCGCUGAACGAGAGAAACUCGAUGAAUUCCAAGUGAUCACGUCUUUCCCGGAGGAUCAGUACGAUAAAGUCGUUAGACUGUUGAGGAAUAACUACUGGAACCUGGAGGUGGCAUUGAGCAAAUACUUUGACGGAAUGCUCGAGGAGGAGGCCGCCAGGGAACCGUUUAUCGAGCCACCAGAUCAGUACGCGCAACCUGGCCACCAGAGAGAGCACAUUGUGAAUGAUAUUGACGUUGCAGCUCUUGAGCAGCUGAUCAACGGUAACGGAGAACUGCCAAACCGUGCCAUGUUGUUGCCACAGCUACCCAUUGUGAGACCCAUUUCCAACAGAUGGAGGUCAAACACCGGUUUAAAUCAACAUGUGGACUACUUAGGACUCCAAACAAUAACUCAGUCCCCCUUGUUGUUCAUACUGUUGUUGAUUCCAAGGACCUUGACGCUUUUGUUCACCGGAUUGGCUUAUCUCUUCAAUCUGUUGUUUCCACCGUCCCCGGAUCAAGUUCCUCUCCGCCCUACAAGCAAGGGGUUCAAUGCCAUGGCUCAUUUCAGAGAACUGACACAUGAAGAGUGUCCAGUUGAGUUAUACAAGGGUGAUUUCAACGAAGCCUUUGAAGAGGCAAAGCAGGAGUCAAGAUUCAUCUUACUCGUGGUGAUCGGAUCUAAUGACAAGUCAACCCAGUUCCUUAAAAGGACUUUCAACAACGACCAUGUUGUAAAUAUCCUCAAAGAGGAGCGCUGUUUGGUGUACGUAUCGCAUGCUGAAGAAUCACAAGGGAACGAAAUAGCGAGAUGCUUCAAAGUUCGUGCUUUACCAUCUGUGUUUCUACUGGGUAACGUUGCGUCUGGACCACAUCUGAUAUCAUCCAUGUCUCUUCUUGCGAAGGUACCAACCAGAUCCACUGACUCUUUCUUGAACAAACUGAAGUUUGAAGUUGAAAAGUACAAGCCCGAAUUGACAAUGAAAAGAUUAGAACAGGAGGAACUCCGUCAUUCCAGAAUGAUCAGGGAACUACAAGACAAAGCCUACGAGGAGAGUCUAAUCGCAGACAAGAUCAAGAAAUCUCAGAAGGAGGAAGAAGAGAACUUAAAAGCACAACAGGAACAAGUAGCACAAUGGCUAAAAGAGCAAGAGCUGAAAUGGCUUUGCAAGGUUCACAGUAAGUUUAAUGAUGAAAAUGACGAAUUGAACAGCUUUGAAAAGGGCCAAUACGCAACAAUAAGAUUCAAAAUGCCACAUGGAGCACAAGUGAUCCAGAAGUUCAGCAAGGAGCACACGCUCAAGGAUAUUUAUUCAUUUGUUGCCCUGAAGAACCAUAUGGCUAAUGGCGACAGAUCAUUUUUAGAUCAGGAUAAGGAUGUUGAUCCAGCUUAUAAUCACAAGUUUGAUUUUGAGCUGAUAUCACCAUUCCCAAGGUAUGUGGUUCCACUGGAUGAUACACCAGUGAAGGAAGUACAACAACUAUGGCCCAAUGGAUCGCUACUGAUUGAGUUUGCUAGCGAUGAUGAUGAUGAUGAUGAUGAUUAG